AGGAAAUGACUCCCUAUUCAAAUUCGUCACUUUGAUAACAGCAAGUGCCAGCCAGAAACCACCCUCGACCAGGUUGUCAAUCAUCACACGCGACUCCCAGUUAUAGUUUCGAUCGGCUAGGGCCCUACUUGAACUGUUUCUUUAUCAAUUCGCACACCUGCCUUAUCACUCACGCGUCACAGUCCGAGCGCCGACCGAAGGCGGGGAAGCCAGCAUAAAAUCCAGACUAGCUAAUGAAGAAAUAAAAAAAAGUGAAUAAGCACCGAACUUCUUCCGUUCGGGUUCAGUACCAUUUGAACCUGCGUCGAGUUAGGAUCCCAAUCCCUUCGCACAUCAAAGCAACCAUCACACCGUCACCAGGAAAAGGUCACCAAGGUGAUAACGAAUUCCGCUCGGAGAGGAAAUUUUCAAUUUCAAGAUAUUGGGGAGCCCCAUCAGUCCGGCAGGAACAGUCGACGGGUGUGGUUCACAAUAGUUUUUCAAUCGCAGUAAGCGUUUAGAGCUUUAGAGAGCGCGCGCACACACGACGAUGGAAGAUAGCAGCACUAGGCUAUGUUUUGGUCACGAUGGCCAUGACGCGUCGUGGAAGCAGUGGAUCGAAGCAUUGGCAGUGUCGAAGAAUGGUACACUAGAUCGGAUGUUGCUGAAUUUGCUGCAGCAGGACGAGUUGUUCCGGUGGCACGCGGUGGCGCUCAACGUGGUCGGCUAUGCGGUGGCACUGGUUUUGAUCCUUUGGCUGAGCUGGAAGUUCUACUACACGCCGUUCGUUUGGAAAAGGGACCUCACCGACAUCGGCUACAACCACGUGCUCGACAAUGAAGGCAUCGGCCGAAACGACAAGAAACGUGCCCACACCAUCAACCGUUUGCGACGGCUCCGGCGAGUUGGCCAACGCAUCCCGCCACCGUACCCGAAUGGGUGGUACGGUGUCCUGGAGUCGGAAGCCCUCGCCGUCGGGCAGGCCAAAAGCGUCGACUGUCUUGGUCAAAACUUCGUCGUCUUCCGCAGUGAAACGGGCGAGGUCAACGUCCUGGAUGCGUACUGUCCCCAUUUGGGUGCGAACCUGGGAGUUGGCGGCGUGGUACGGGGCGACUGCAUCGAAUGUCCUUUCCACCAUUGGUCGUUCAGCGGUCGGGACGGCCAGUGCACCAACAUUCCGUACAUGAAGUCCGGCUCGAUCCCGAAGACGGCCAAGCUGAAGAAGUGGAAAUCGCUGGAGGCGAAUGGGUUCAUCUUCGUGUGGCACCACGUGGACGAUUCGGUGGAACCAUGGGAGAUGAAAAUCGUUCCGGAAGUCGAAGAUGGGCAGUGGGUGUACUAUGGGAGGAACGAGUUCUUGGUCAACGCACACAUACAGGACAUUCCGGAGAAUGGAGCGGAUGUGGCGCACUUGUCGGCGGUUCAUGGACCGAACUGCAUGUCCGGCAGUGAUCUCCGGACGUACCGGCCGGCUUGGGCGGAAUUUGGAAUGCACGCGUGGAAUGCGAGCUGGUUUGCUCCGGAAGAAUCCGACCCGCCGCACAUCGCCCGCAUGGAUCUGAAGCAUUCGUUCAAGUUCUUCAAGAAGUUCGAAUUCUGCACGGUUGACGUCAAGGCGUACCAAAUCGGACCGGGCUACGUACAACUGAUGAUGCAAACGGGUCUUGGCCCAAUGGUGGCCCUCCAAACAGUGACCCCAGUUGAACCACUGGUCCAAAAAGUUAUCCACAGAUUCUACGCUCCACGGAACUUGGGCAACGCUUUCUUCCAGAAGUUUGCCAUCUGGGCCGAAAGCGUUAUGUUCGAACGGGACAUGAUGAUCUGGAACCACAAGCAGUUUAUCGACAGCCCCCUGCUGAUCAAGGAGGAUCGCCUGAUCAAGUCGUACCGCAAGUGGUACAGCCAGUUCUACUCGGAGAACAGCACCAGCUACACGCUGGCCAAGGAGAACCUGGAUUGGUGAAAGGCAGAAAGGGGAUCGGAAGUCGCCUCGCACCUACCUACCUACCUACCAUACUUUAUUCCAUACACCUUACGAAUGAUCUUAGAUAUGCUUUAGUGUAGAAUUAGAAGCUUAAACCAGAGGCUACCUGUGAUUACCGAGCGUUGAUAGUACUGCCUACUGCUAUUAUAGUGGUGUUAAACCUAUGCAAAAAUAAAUGAAUAUUGUUUUUAAGAUGUA